AUGUGUUAUUCCUGGCAUGUCAAUAUCUUUUGUCCUGUUUGCAGAGUGUUUUGGAAAUCAAGGGAAUGGAAUGAGGGAAAAUCAACAUUUGAAUCAGAAAGUGACAUCUCACUUUCAUUGAGAAGAAGGUGUUCUAGAAGGAAGAAGGAGGACAGACUGUCAGGAGACUCUGAAGACCAUGAACAGCAGCGUGACCAACUGAUGACAUUUCCAUGUUCCAUAUGCAAGCGUGAAAUUGAUCUACCUGAUGUUUUCCUCCAUAAAAAGCAGCAUGUGGCUCUGGCCACCUUGGGGUUUCAAUGGAUGAGUACAAAGAAACCAGCACUUCCACUGGUUUCCAUUCAGAGACAGUUUAUGAUCACUAAACUAUUGUCAUUUUCUAUAUUCACUGAAAAAAUCCUCCAGAGCAUUAAUAAUGCUUUUGAGCUACUUUGGAAGAAACAAAUACCAGCAUACUAUAAGAUCAUUGAUAACGUUCACAGGAGUUCCAUAUGUUCUCAAGCAGUCUGUCAUGGAUUGAUUAAAGGUGUAGCUAUUUGUGAAGACAGAAAUUCUACAUGGAAAGCUGACAUGAAUGAUAAAUUCACUGUGGUGAAUAACUUUGGCAAUAAACCUGAUGUGUGUUUUUUCGGUUUGUUUGAUGGACAUCAUGGCGCCUCAGCAGCAGGCUUGACUUCAAUGGAACUCCCAGUUUUACUUCUCCAUCAACUUUCCAGAUUUGAUCCUUCCUACCAAAUGACUCCUGAAGAGCAAAAUGUAAUCAAAUCCUUUCACACGGUAUUUAGGGAAGAAUACAUAGCUAUAGAAGAACUUUUUUCCUCCGUAAAGAAAAAGAGAAAAAAGGUGAAAUGUGAGUAUGAGAACAUACACAAAGCCUUUGCUAAAGCGUUUUGGAGAAUGGACAGGCUUUUACGUCUCGGAAGGAAUGAAGUGUCCAGGGUUCGAUGGAGUGGCUGUUCUGCAGUUACUUGUAUAUUGGAAGGCAAUAUUAAAAAACCCUAUACUGAGAAGAACUGGAAAAUCAAUAAAGCUGAUGACUUGGCAAAGAGUUUCCCUUCCCAGAUGAUGCCACAAAUGAUGUCUGGAGUACUCCAUAUUGCAAACACUGGUAAUGUACAAGCAAUCUUAUGCAGAAAUGGAAGAGGCUUUUGCAUAACCAAAGAACACACUACGCGAAACAUAACCGAAAGAAGAAGACUACUUCAGAAUGGAGCAAUGAUCAGUUCAAAUGAACCAUAUGGGCUCCUAGAAGGGCAAAUAAAAACCACACGAGGACUUGGAUUUCAUGGAAAUCUCAAACUGAAAAAAUCUAUUAUACCAGCACCUCAAACUAUCUCUGUCCCUAUUGAUGACUUAUGCCAAUUCCUUAUCUUAGCUACUAAUGGACUCUGGGAAGUUUUGGAUACAAAGGAAGUCACUGCACUGGCAAUGACAAUAUUUCAAGUAUAUAAAGAAGCCUAUUAUUCUAACACAAAAAAUCAAUCUUUACCAUCCAAAGAGCCUUUCCUAAUCUAUGAACCAAGCAAUUCUGUAUCAGAAAAUAAUAUCCAUAUAUUGUUUCAGUAUAAACCUGAAUCUACAGAAUGUGUAUCAACUAUAAAUUCAAAGGAAGAUUUGUUUGAUUCAACAUGUUCUAACCCUAAAAAUGAACAAACAUUUCCACCAGAAAUGAGUAAUCAUGAUCUUUACGGUGAGAAAGAAAUCAAUGGACCAACCAGUGUAGAUGAUGUGUCCAAAAAUUCAAGUGAAAAAGAAUCACGCACUCAACGUUUCUAUGAAGGUGCAGCCAAGUAUAUUAGCCAUGAACUUGUAAGUGCUGCUUUAGUGGCUGGCUCCAGAGACAACAUUACAGUCAUGGUAAUACUUCUCAAGGGAACUGAGUAUCAGUUUCUGACUGACAAAAGAUAAAGUU